AUUUCAUGACCGAAGAAUUAUAGGAUUAUAGAAAAAAUUUAUAAGAAGCUAAAUAUGAAAUCUUUAAAGUUCUAUUAAGCAAAAAUAACUAAUGGCUUAGUAUAAGGGAAAUUGAAGAUCUGCUUAAAUAAAGACCAGAUUAUGGAAAUAUUCAUGUUAAAAUUAGAGAUGCUAUAGAAGAUUCAAUGUCAUAUGAUAAAACUAAAGAUGAUUAUAAAAUUGUUUGUAAUAAAUAAUCAAUAAUGAAUACAAAUAAUACUACUGGCAAAUAUAGACUUAAAACAGAAAACAUAGAAAAUAAAGAAUAAUUAGAAGAAUAUCUCAAAGAUAAAAAAUCAAUUUUAUAUGUUAAUCAUAUUUGGUUUGAAUCUGUAUUUUAUUAUAAUUAUAGAUAUUAUAGUGUUAUCCAUAAAUGAAAUAGGAUAUUAUAACAUUAGAAUCAGAAGCUAAAUUAUUGAUUUAUGAAGGAAGAGAUGAUAAAAAAACUUAUAUUUAUACAAAUACAAGUUUUACUAACUUUCAAGAAAAAUUACAAUUUAAAAGAGAUGAAAGAAUUAUGCGUAUGAUUCAAGAAGCAAGGACAAGUAAUACAGAAACUGUUGCUUCAAAUUAACAUUCACGUUCAACACAAAUUUAAAGAUAAGAAUCUGUUAGAAGAAAUACUGCUGUUUAAAAUUAUUGGAUAACAGAAUUACAAUAAGAUUUAUAGAGAAAAUGACU